AACUAUUACUAUAUGUUCGAAAAAUUCGUUUUAUACUUUCUAUGUAUUCAAAGAGUAACUUUAUUGAAGCAAAUAUGUAUCAUUUUGUUCAGUGACCUUGGUCCACCUCUCUAUAAAGAUCUACAGAAGCCAAGAGCAAAUCUCGACUUGACUCGCGAGGGGCCUAUGUGGCGAGAGUGCGUAAGAGCGUUUCUAUGUACAGAUGUAUCUAUACACAUGUGGUAGUAUCGUCGCGCAGUCAAGAGCAGGAUGGUUAUGUCGGUUGGACAAGAAUAGACAAUCGAUUGCCAACCAUAGUUGCUUUUCAACAAGAAAUAUGAAGAGACAGGUGACACAAAGUGUUUUGUUUCUUACUCUACAUAUAAAAUGACAUAAGUAUAUACAGCUGAAAAGCAGAAUCAGUUUCUGCAUGUUGAACUCAUGACUUGAUUAUUUGGAGAAUAUAAUAAAUUUCUAAAUAUUGGGAGAAGUUAGCAGCACUGCUUUCUUGAUUAUUACGUCGCUAUCUGCUAUUAGUCAUUAUCCGCAACAAUGGCGUGGACGAAUUACCAACGCAUAUUAGCUAUACUUCAAGUGACUACGGGAUCGUUUAAUACUUUAUCGGUUAAAUUCGCGGACCAACAAGAAGUGGUUGGUGAUGAUGGACAAGUUAGACAUUUUAAUCAUCCUUUCAUGCAAUCAUCGUUUAUGUUCUUUGGAGAGGCUCUUUGUUUUGUAGCAUUCAAGUUUUUCUAUUAUUAUUACAAUCGACGAGCAGAUGGUUCUGUAGAUAAUAAUGUACUCACUAAAGGCACGAGAAUUUUUAAUCCUUUUAUCUUGCUAAUACCUGCUUUAUGUGAUAUGUGUGCAACAUCCAUAAUGUACAUCGGUCUAAACAUGACUUACGCAAGCAGCUUUCAGAUGUUGCGUGGAGCAGUGAUUGUUUUUACAGGAAUAUUCUCUAUUGUAUUUCUUCAUAGGAAAUUGAGGGCAUGGGAAUGGACAGGCAUUGCUUUUGUUAUAGUUGGUUUAGCAUUAGUUGGUGCUAGUGAUAUGUUAACAUCGGAGAAUGCUGAUAUGGAUACCAAUUCUAUGCUGACUGGAGACUUGCUUAUUAUAUUUGCACAGGUGAUAACAGCCAUUCAAAUGGUUGUAGAAGAAAAGUUUGUGGGAGAGCAGGACAUACCAGCAUUACAAGCUAUUGGAUGGGAAGGCAUUUUUGGAUUUAUUGGUAUUUGUCUUGUCAUGAUACCUCUCAAUUUUAUUAAAGCACCACCACCAUUCGCAGACAAUUCACGUGGCACUCUCGAGCACUCUGUGGAAGCUUUGAUCCAAAUUGGAAAUAGUAGCAAAUUAUUGAUAGCUGUCAUUGGCAUAGCAUUCAGUAUUGCCUUCUUUAAUUAUGCUGGUAUUAGUGUUACCAAAGAAAUAAAUGCUACAACAAGGAUGAUAUUAGACAGUGUUCGUACAGUCAUAAUCUGGGCUUUUUCUUUAGCAUUCGGAUGGCAAGCUUUCCAUUAUAUGCAGGUCAUUGGUUUCACGGUUCUUUUAAUCGGUAUGGCAUGUUAUAACAAGGUUGUCAUUCCGCAAUUAUUCAGGAAACUUCGUUCGCGACGGGGGCGUCAUACAUUGUCUGGAAAAGAAGAUCAUAUUGUUAAUACUGCCGCAGAUGAUGUGCAAGAGACAAUAUAAAAGAUUUUAUGAGAAAUCGUUGGAUAUCGUACGCUACGUGAUCAUUAUUUUAUAAAAGAUUAACAAGAAUUGUGAUUUCCUACAAACCGACAAUCGUAAAAAUUUCUUAUGUUCUUUUGUUCUUGUUAUAUACGAAUAUAAUUAUCUAUUUAGAAUAAUCGUUGUAAAUUUGCCAUUAGACAAGAUAGACAUAACAUACAUACACAUAUUGUUGAUUGAAGUAGAAAAUAUCACGUGGACGAAAAUCUUAUGUCGACGAAAAAACAUUAUACAAAAUAUUACAAAUCAGGUGACACGAAUUAUAUUUCGUAAAUUCUGCAAGUUAUAAUAAUGUCAUCGAGAUCAUUCGGUCUUCCAGUAAUUUUUUUUAUUAAAUUGUCUCGCGAUACACAUUUAAUUCUGGUGUUGAAUUCACACGUAUGUAUGAUUUACUUUUAGCAAAAUUUGCUAUUUCUUAUUUAACGUAUAAUCCGAAAUCUAUAAAAUAUAACAAAUGCAUUUCACAAUAUUUUUUUACAUUUAUGUAUUUUAUAAUGGUAUGAAGAACGGAAUCAUAUCGCUAAGAGAGUAUGGUCAUGAAUAAAAAAUUGUUUCAAAAUGUAUCCGUCU